CGGAAGCAGAAACACAGGUUGAAACUAAAGACAGUACAGUCACAUAUAGAACAAUGAGCCAGAUAUUUCACCAGACCUUUAGGUGUGAAGCAUCCGGGUAUCCAGUCACUACCACAUAUGGUGAUGAUAGGAAGCCAAGUGGCCGGCAGUGGAAGAAGAUGGAACGAGAUGGAUUUUGGCAGACGUUGUGCUAAUUUUCUCAUCGAUAAAACAUUUGAUUUCAAUACAGUUUUCUGUUCCCAAAACUACAAUCUGCUACGAACAGAGUGGACUAAGUUCUGUAGAUUUUACCCUUUGCCACAGAUUUUUUUUAAAUUGCGUUGUUUGGAAGGAGUGCUGGGCGAUUUGAGUUUUUGAACACGCGCACGUCACAGAGUAGGAGUUCCCUAAACAGAAAUAUGCUAGAACGCGACAAUGGGAACUCGCUAGCUCGUGCUUGGCUCUGCCCCCCUCCUUGCUUGUUCUGCCCACUGUGACUAAUUUGUCACGUUGGAUACGACAGGCUGUGUUGUAUCUGUGGUACAGUGUGUUGAAACUGAAUUAAACAUCGAAUCAUAUGAGCAAAGGCAGCUUCAAAAUAAUUUAUGAUUGCGCCGUCCGCAACAACACUGAAAUAUUCCUAUACAAUUCAGUAAUUAUUUAAAAAGCAUAGCAGCGGGAUUUCUGUAUUUCCUGGUUACUGCAGCAUUAUCAGUGUGUAUACAGGCCUGUACUGUGUUGACUAACUGGUUAUGAUACGAGUGGGACGAAACUGGGUUGGGCCGAUUCGAAUAGCACUUACCCUUUUAGGAUUUCCAUUUUGCCUCUGCACCUCGGGAAUCAGGCCUCUCACCUCAUUCUCUUCUUACCAGUUUUCUGCCAGAGUUAGUAAAAGCUUCAGUACCAGUGGCUGUAGUCUGUGUGUGCUACCGCCCAGUGUCUUCACUAUGCCCUGCUCGGCCCCUCACAACAAGGCCAGAUGCCAAAAGUACCCCAGCUCAGAGACACAGCGGUUCCCAGUGCCUGAUGACAAAGUUGACUGGAAUACUGAUUGGCCCCAGUACAGACCAGUGAGCUACACUGCCCCAUCUGUACUCAUCAAGCCUGUAUGGGCCGAUCAGGACAUCAGGUCUUUCUCCCCGCGGUUUAACGCUCUGGAUGGCAAUGUGGACAGGCGGAGUCACGAGGGAGACUACAGAGUGGAGCAAGGCAUGCCACUAAAUCCUCGCGGUCGCACUGGAUUGACUGGGAGAGGUUUGCUGGGACGGUGGGGACCCAAUCACGCAGCAGAUCCCAUUGUUACCAGGUGGAAGAGAGACUCAGCUGGACAGCAAGUGUCGCACCCAGUGUCCAAACUGCCAGUUUUGCAGUUUGUGUCCAUCAAGAGGAGAGACUGUGGGGAAUGGGCCAUCCCAGGGGGUAUGGUAGACCCGGGGGAGCUGGUGUCCCUCACCCUGCAGCGUGAGUUCUCUGAGGAGGCUCUGAAUUCCCUGGCAGCUUCCCCCCAGGACAGAGAGCGGAUCCACGAGCGCAUCACUCAGCUGUUCAACUCGCCGGGUCUGGAGGUUUAUAAGGGCUAUGUAGAUGACCCAAGAAAUAAUGACAACUCUUGGAUGGAAACGGUUGCUGUCAACUUCCAUGAUGAUACAGGUAACAGUGUGAGCGAGCURCCAUUGCAAGCGGGCGAUGAUGCCGGGCAAGUCCACUGGAUCGACCUUGACUCCGUCCUAUCCCUCUAUGCAAGCCACUCCCAGUUCUUGGAGGUGGUCGCCAAGGAGAGGCAUGCUCACUGGUAACCAAGGAAACUGUCKUCACGUUCAAGAGGGUUGGCCGGAGCAAGGCCCUGCAGCAUUAUCACUGUUUUGGCAUCAUGGCCUUGGUCAGGGAGUAACGAAACAAUGAGAGCAUGUCUUCUUUUGAACAAAUCAUGUUCCCAUCAGCACUGAUUAAAGAGGGAGUGGUUACAGAGUAACCACAUACCACAUAGUAAACAGUGAAAA